AACAAGAGACAAGGGAAGAUGACCGGACAGAAGGAAGUGACAUGGAAAGGCAGGAAACAGUGGAACAAAGUUUAAAGAAUGAACAGAAUCCUGAAAGAGAAGAAACUGUCAAACAGGACGAGAAAGACAAGGAUGCAACGGAACAGAGGGAUUUACAGGAGCACGAGAAGGUGCCAGAAGAUAAAAGAGCAGAAAACAGCAGCAAAGGUGGACAGACACCAGACAAUCCAGAAAAAGAUGGAACACAGGAAGAAAGCUCGAAGGAAGACCGCAAUUACAGAGGACUGAGAUCAGGGACAAAUGUCCAGGGAGACAAGGACACCACAAUAAAUGAAGACGAAAAGAUGGAGAAAGAUGGAAGAUCUGCAAACACUCAGAAAGAAAAAAGCAACAAGGACAGGCCUAAACCAGAAAAACAAGACGUGGGUGCAACAAAGGUAUUGGAAAAGAAGGUGGACGAGGAGAGGAUUCCUCGAGACAAAAUGACAGAAAAAGUCAACAAGGACGACAGCGCAAAAGUGGAAGAGAAAACGGAAAGAGGGAGGACCUCAGUGGAGGACAACAAACCAACAGAGAAAGGAGAUCAAGAGAAGGAAAAAAGCAGCAAGGACAAGCAAAACACAGACGGUCAAGAGGAGUCAUCUGUGACAAUAACGGGGGACAGUAACGACCACAGUGAAGCAGGAACAGCAGUGGAAAUGAUUUUGGACCAAGAGAGGAAACCUGAGGAUCAAACAACUGAGACAAUCAGCAAGGACGGGCAAAAACCUAAGAGUACAUCCACAGAUGAAAAGAGCGACGAGGACACAGCAGAGGAUGUGAAGAAGGACGAGAACAAGACAGAUGAGCAGGAAAGGAAGGGGACAGAAAGAGGACAGGAAGUAGAUGAUGACAAUAUGGACACCACAGUGGAAGAGGAAAACGGGAAGACAGACAAAGAGAAGAACCCUGAGGUAAAGAGGACAAGCAAAACCCAGAGAGACGGACCUAGAACUAAAAGAGUAAGUACAGGGACAGAAGUCAUUCAAGACAAGGACAUGUGGGAAGAGGACAAAAGAGUGGAAAAGGAUGAGCAUGUAUCAAAAAGAACAAGAUUGGAGAAGAAAAGAGAAAGGGACGCAACAGAGGAAGAGGAUGAAAAGAGGAAGAGGAGUGAAGAUGAAAGGACUCAGAAGAAGACGGGAGAAGAAAUAACUGUGGAAGAAGUGCCAAAAAAAAGAGGUCGAAAGAAAAAGGAAAAGAACGAAAAUCCAGACAAGGUGUCCAAGGUCACAGAGAGGAUGAGUACGGAGAAGGACGAGGACCAGAACCCAACAGAAGCAGCGGGAAAUUUGGAAAUGGAUGGAGACGACCAACUGGACGAGUUGGUAACUGAGUCCAAACAGCAGAAGAGUCAGGCGACAACGACAACGGACUCCAUGCUUCACAGACUCCACGGGGACAUCAGGAUUUCUCUGAAGACAGACAAGCCGGACACCAGGAAGUGUUUGGCAGCUCUGGACCAGCUCAGUGCCGUUUAUGUGACAUCGCAGCAUGUGCAGAGACACAGCGAGCUCGUGGCUACGCUGAGGAAGAUGCGCUGGUACCGAGCCAACAGUACCAUCAUGGACAAAGCCUCCAUGCUGUACAACCGCUUCAAACACACCUACCUGCUGGGAGAAGGAGAGGAGGUGGUGAGCGCCUCCUACCUGAACUCCCUAGUGCAGGAGAAGGAGCAGGAUGAGGCUCAGCAUGUUGACAACCAGCAGAGGGAGGGGGCUCUGCAUGAGGAGGGGGGACUGGUGGAGCAGGUGAAGGAGGAGAGGGAGGAGGAGGAGGGAGAAGAGGAGGAGACAUUGGAGGAGGGGAAGUGAGGUAAAAUGUUCAUGUUUUCAGGCAGUCUUUUCAAAUCUUUUUCUCCCUCCAUCUCAUUAUUUUGUAAACAAUUUUUUUUUUUAAAGAAUUUAACAGUACAGUAUUGUUAUUACAUCUGCUGUUGUUUUGUUAUCAACAGAAUUGAAUAUGAAUCAGGUUUGGCAGAUACUCCCCCCUUCUCUCUCCCCCACAGCUGCUGCUGGGGUGGACUCUGAUUGGCUCCUGGACUGAACCACUUUACUACAGGGGGGUGUCACCCCAGGACUUUGUUUAGUUUUUAUGAUCAUUUAAUUUAUUUUAUUUAGUUUAAAUUGUGUUUUUAUUAUCUGAUCACGGGGGCAUUAAAAAAAAUCUGCUGCUGUUUUUUACACAAAUGUUUUUUUUUUUUUACUUUGUUACAGUAAGAAAAUGAUAAAAACCGGUUUAAUGACUGAAGUAAUUCAGAUGAACAAAAAAGUCUUUAUUUUUGUUUACUUCUUACCAAGAAGGUGUUGUUUUAAUUAAAGUGUUGGUUUAAAAGAA